AAUUGUGUGCAAAACGUCUCAAAACGUAAUCAUUAUUUGGUUUUUGAAAUUUUAAUCCAAUUUUUCGAUUCAUUUAAUCAUUUAUUUAUUGAUUUGUUUUUUAAAUAAAUUGUAACAAAAGUUUUGAUGAAUUGAAUGGAGAAAUGAAGUGAAGUGUGAAUUGAAAAUCAAUUGUAUUUUUUUUUAUUUGUUUCGUUCAUUUGAAACAAUGAUUGAACCGAAAGAGGAGAUAAUGAGCGACGAAGAGGUGGUCGCCGACGAGACACCGGCGAAGAAGGAGAAGAAGUGUCAGAAGAAGUUCACCAAAAUAUGCAUCGAUUUGGCGGCGAUUCCGAGUGUGGAAGUGGAGGAACAGGACUCGGAGUUACGGGGUUUGGGUAUAACUGCUUUCGACCAACGAGUUUAUGAGGAGAAUGUGAUGCUUCAGAUGGACAGAGCCCUCCAAACACAACAGACACCACAGACUGAUGGACACACUUUGCCGCAAGUAUCACCUCUCGACUCAAUCGGUGGCAACAGUUCCGCGCUCUUAGACGUAAAGUCCGAACCAUUGGAUGAGUUGAGCGAAGAUUUAAAUGAUAACAGCUUUGAGUAUUUCACGCGACGCCCCGUGAAGACUGAAUCAGUAGAUGAGUCGAGCGAUUGCGAGGUUUAUGACAAUAAUUUGGACGACGAGAAAGAGGACGAAGAAGUAGACGUUGAGGACGAGGAUGUAUGGGAACCAACGCGUGAAGACUAUGAAAGUGAUGAACACUUAGAAUCAGACGACAACUACUACUCUGAGGAGGAAUUGUCGGAAAGCGGUGGACGGGUUGUCGCGAAAGUGCGAAAACAGAGAAAACCCAAAGAAUUGAAGUCACAGACCAAACGAGUGGUUCGGCAGCGAGUGGUCGACGACGGGAGCGAUAAAUGUUUUGAGAAGAGAAUUAAAGAGUAUAAGAAACAACGACUCAUUGAAAAACACGAUAACAUACGAGCGGACGGAACAGAAGUGAAGAAUUUGGAUGAAAUGGUAAAACUAGAUAACGGGUUGAAAAUACCUCAACGCAUUUGGGAACAACUCUAUCCCUACCAACAAACUGGUGUUCAAUGGCUUUGGGAACUGCAUCGCAACGGUUGCGGCGGUAUUGUUGGCGACGAAAUGGGUUUAGGAAAGACCAUUCAAGUCAUUGCAUUCCUCUGUGGUCUGAGUUGUAGUCGAUUUCACGACUUUCGAGAUUCGUAUAAUACUUUAGGACCAGUGAUACUCGUCUGUCCGGCCACUGUUAUGCACCAAUGGGUGGCCGAGUUUCACAAGUGGUGGCCUUAUUUCCGAGUCGCUGUUCUUCACCAGACGGGCAGUCAUUGCGGCAAAAAGGAUGCACUGAUUCGAGCCAUCAAUAGAUCGAAUGGCAUUCUUAUCACUUCCUAUUCGGGUGUCUGUAGUCAUCAGAAAUCACUGCUCAGACUUGACUGGCAUUACGUGAUUCUCGAUGAGGGCCACAAAAUCCGCAAUCCAGCGGCUCAGGUGACUCACACCUGCAAACUCUUUUCAACGCCUCAUCGGUUAAUACUGUCGGGAUCUCCCAUUCAAAAUAAUCUGCGAGAGUUGUGGUCACUCUUUGAUUUUAUAUAUCCGGGAAAGUUGGGAACAUUACCCGUGUUUAUUGAGCACUUCUCCAUUCCCAUAACAAUGGGAGGCUAUGCCAAUGCAACUCAAGUCCAGAUUCAAGUGGCGUUCAAAAUGGCCACUAUAUUGAAGGACACGAUUCAGCCGUUUUUGUUGCGCCGAACGAAACUGGAAGUGAAUAGUUGUCUGAGUCUGCCGUCAAAGAACGAACAGGUCUUGUUCUGCAAACUCACUGAUGAACAAAGAGAUCUCUACAAGAACUACAUCGAGUCGGCGACUGUCAAAGACAUACUCAGAGGAAGCACUCAGAUAUUUGUUGGUCUCAUAAAUUUGCGCAAAAUAUGCAAUCAUCCGAAUCUGUUCGACAAGAAGGCUUCGGAUAUCAAUCUAUUGCGAGACGAUUCCCGAUAUUAUAAGAGAUCCGGAAAGUUACGAGUGGUUGACGUUUUGCUCCGCCUUUGGCACCAACAACAGCAUAAAGUGCUUGUAUUCACACAAAGCAGACAAAUGAUGAAAAUUCUCGAACACUUUUUGAGAUACAAGAGCUAUACCUACUUAUUGAUGGACGGCUCGACUUCUGUGCAGUCCAGACAACCACUCAUUAAGCAAUUCAAUGAGGACCCGAAUAUAUUUGUGUUUCUACUAACGACACGCGUCGGCGGUAUUGGUGUGAACCUAACGGGUGCUAAUCGGGUGUUAAUCUAUGACCCGGACUGGAAUCCAAGCACUGAUAUUCAGGCGAGAGAGCGCUGUUGGCGUAUCGGCCAAAACAAAGCCGUCACUAUUUAUAGAUUAUUGUCCUCUGGAACUGUUGAGGAGAAGAUAUAUCAAAGACAGAUAUUUAAGCAAUACUUAACUAAUCGCGUCUUAAAAGAUCCGAAACAAAGACGAUUUUUUAAAACCAACGAUUUAUACGAAUUAUUUGCAUUGUCUUCCGAUUCAAACACCACUGAAUCGGAUGCUGUGUUCGCCGGAACCGAUUCCGAAGUCAAAGUGAAUCCGAAGGCCAAGAGAUUGAAAACAAAGUCUACAAAUACUGCAUCAAAUAGUGAUAACAUAAAUACUAGCCAUAAGUCAGAACUCUCUGCUGAAAAAGUGCAAGAAUUGAGAAAUAGAGCAAAACUUUUAAGUCAAAUGAUUGCCAGAAAAUUUGCGAAUAAAGACAACACAAACAAUGAGACCAAUAGCUCGUUGGGCGAGAGCUCGAGACAGAGUGAUAGCCAACAGAAAAUUGUCUCAAAUGAUGUCUCGACGUCUUUGCGAAGUGAUUCCAACCCGAAAUCGAAUCGCAAGAAAACGAAAAAAGGCACCAAAUUUGAAGGAAAACGGAUUAAAUAUUUGGUAAAACAAGACGCCUAUAAAGACAAGAAUGAAAAGGAAUCCAAAGCGGAGGACGAAUAUGUGCUGAAGAAGCUGUUCAAAGGAUCCAAAGUUCAAAGCGCUUUACAGCACGACAUCAUUGAGAAUCCAAUGGCUCCUGAUUUUGCGAUCGCAGAGCGAGAGGCGGAAACUGUUGCUAAACAAGCGAUUACUGCGCUUAAGAAAUCGCGAGAACUCUGUCUAAGCGGUCGGUCAGUCGCUAACCCCUUAUCAGGUUUUAAGUUUGGCUCAAAGUUUGGACAAAAACGUAAAUUAGGUAACAAUAGUGAGACUCCUGUCAACAGUAGUUCUUUGAUUAAUGACAUAAAGAAACGAACAAAAUUCGAGACCGAAGACAAUGAUUCCGAUUCUGAAGAUAAUAACAACAGUAAUUUGAAUCCAAUUCCUCUAAACCCUGAAUACGAGACACUUUUGUCUGAUAUCCGAACUUACAUUGCAUUUCAAUGUAAGAGUAGAGUUGGCAAUAGCGGUGAGGCCUCGACUCAAGAGCUGUUGGACGCCUUUAAAGACAAAUUACCGCCAAAUCAGAGCGCAAUCUUCAAGUCUAUGCUCUACCAGUUGUGCCAAUUCUACCGAACAUCUGAUGGCAUAGGCGUCUGGAAACUCAAACCUGAAUUCCGGUGAUAUUUACAAAUUCAUAAUCAAUUAAUAGGGUUUAAAUUUGUUGCAAAUUAUUUUUUAAGUCUUUUAAAUGCUUAUAUAUUUUACGAAUCAUUGAAACCAUUGUUUUGAAUGAAACCCAAAGAAAAAACAAUUGAAUAAAAUUUGUUAUUUUUCA